UCCACCUCCCUAAAACCCUCCAUCCACCGUUUAUCACGCGUCACUCCUCCCUAAUCGCACUCCGCCGCCGCCGCCGCCGCGCCGCCAGCUCCACCCUACCAUGGCGGCGACCACCCACGCCUCCUCCCUCUCCUUCCUCCUCUCCCACCCCCGCUCCACCACCCCCAGCCCCCACUUCCCGCUCCGCCCCAACGCCCGCCGCGUCCGCUGCGCCACCGACGCCUCCGCCCCCGCCGCGGCCCAGCCAGCCGCCGGCACCACCAAGCACCGACGCGCGGCGGACGAGAACAUCCGUGAGGAGGCCGCGCGGCACCGCGCCCCGAAGCAGGGCUUGUCGGCGUGGUACGCGCCCUUCCCGCCAGCCCCGAACGGCGACCCCGAUGAGCGCUACUCCCUGGACGAGAUCGUCUACCGCUCCAGCUCGGGGGGCCUCCUCGACGUGCGCCACGACAUGGACGCGCUCGCGCGCUUCCCGGGUUCCUACUGGCGCGACCUCUUCGACUCCCGCGUCGGCCGCACCACCUGGCCCUACGGCUCCGGCGUCUGGUCCAAGAAGGAGUUCGUCCUCCCCGAGAUCGACCCCGACCACAUCGUCUCCCUCUUCGAGGGCAACUCCAACCUCUUCUGGGCCGAGCGCCUCGGCCGCGAGCACCUCGGCGGGAUGAACGACCUCUGGGUCAAGCACUGCGGCAUCUCGCACACCGGCUCCUUCAAGGACCUCGGCAUGACGGUGCUCGUCAGCCAGGUCAACCGCCUCCGCCGCGCGCCGCUCUCGCGCCCCAUCGCCGGCGUCGGUUGCGCGUCCACGGGGGACACCUCCGCCGCGCUCUCCGCCUACUGCGCGGCCGCGGGGAUCCCGUCCAUUGUCUUCCUUCCGGCCAAUCGCAUCUCGCUGGAGCAGCUCAUCCAGCCGAUCGCCAACGGCGCCACGGUGCUCUCGCUGGACACGGACUUCGACGGCUGCAUGCGGCUCAUCAGGGAGGUGACUGCCGAGCUGCCUAUUUACCUUGCCAAUUCGCUCAAUUCACUUCGGCUCGAGGGGCAGAAGACAGCGGCCAUUGAGAUACUGCAGCAGUUUGAUUGGGAGGUGCCAGAUUGGGUCAUUGUGCCAGGAGGCAAUCUUGGGAACAUAUAUGCCUUCUACAAGGGAUUCGAGAUGUGCCGUGUGCUUGGGCUUGUUGAUCGUGUGCCGCGGCUCGUCUGUGCGCAGGCUGCCAAUGCGAACCCACUAUACAGGUAUUACAAGUCAGGGUGGACUGAGUUCCAGCCACAGGUGGCUGAGCCGACAUUUGCAUCAGCGAUUCAGAUCGGUGAUCCCGUGUCUGUUGACCGUGCGGUGGUGGCGCUCCAGGCAACAAAUGGCAUUGUCGAGGAGGCCACGGAGGAAGAACUUAUGAACACAAUGUCACUCGCUGACCGCACUGGGAUGUUUGCUUGCCCACAUACUGGUGUUGCACUCGCUGCACUGUUCAAGCUCAGGGACCAGCGUAUCAUCGGGGUAAAUGAGCGCACCGUGGUCAUCAGCACGGCGCAUGGUCUGAAGUUCUCACAGUCCAAGAUCGACUACCAUGAUAGCAAGAUUGAGGACAUGGCUUGCAAGUAUGCCAAUCCACCGGUGAGUGUGAAGGCUGACUUCGGCGCCGUCAUGGAUGUCCUGAAGAAGAGGCUCAAGGGUAAGCUCUGAGCCUGUAUUUGGCUAACAAUUUCAGUUGGUUACUGUAUGUCAGUUGUGUUCUGCAUCUGAUUCGAAUGAGAUUGGUGCCUAUGGAGCAAAUGAUCCAUUGGUCACUAGCCUUUAGGUCUUGGGGCUCAUCUAGUCCAGGGGCUCCAAUGGGGACUGGGGAGAGGCUAUCUCUUGUACUACCUUGUGCUCUAUGGACAAUAACUUAAUAAGCGAUUGUGUUGCUGUUC